AUGAUAAACUUGAUUAAGCAAACCAAGAAUACAUCCUAUUCCGCAGUUGCACAUUUAGGAAUCGAUUUCUUCGAUUCUGGAAUUCGGAAUUCCGGAAUUUCCUUGACGGAAUCACAUUCACGACCUCACAUUCUACCUGAAAUUUGUCGUAUUUAUCCCAACAUCUUCCAAACAAAUGCAACCAAUAAUCCAUCUCAACAGUUCUCAUUGGUUCUUCAAAGAAACAAACCAUCAGGACGAAUUCUAAUUGAUCUACAAGAAAGAAAAUGCUUCAUCGAACUACUAAAUGGGCCCACUUUGGAAAAAGAACUGUUGGAUGAUGAAACAUCACUAGUGACUUUGUUCGCACGCAUCAUCAACGGUUGUUCUAGUCGAAAUAUCGAUAGCAUCCAAAUCAUCGAUACAGAUUUCUUGUCAAAAAACACGGCGUUUGAUGAGAACAAGAUCAUUGAACUACUCGCAACAACAUUCGCUGAAUGUGAUGAAUACAAUCGUUCAAUGUUCGUUUUUGACAUGGAUUCACUUAUUACACUAAGUAUCAAUGAUUCGAACAUGUCUCAAUCAACAUCCAUCUCAAAUAUUCAACUCUAUCGAAAUAUCCGUGAGAAAUGUAAACAAGCAUUUGUUGAGAACAAACCGGAUAAUUGUGAUAACAACUUUAUUGCAAAAGAAAAAUGGAUUGUCAUGGUUGUGAAACAUCCAUUUCUUCGUAGUCGACUCAUCGAAGAUAUCGACUUCAAACAGAGUCAGGAACAAAUCGACGAAGAAAAGGAACGAGAAAGAAAAGAACGAGAUGACGAAACGGAAAAAAUCUGUCCAAAAUGUCGUCGUGGUUAUAUUUUAUCGAAGACAAACUAUGGGAAUUGUCAAUAUCAUGAUGGAUAUAUUUAUGAUCUUCAAACAAAGAAGCCAGUUAGUUAUAAUGAAGCACAAGCCUUACUACUAAAAAUAUCAUUAUUGACGCAAAGAGGUGCAUCUAACGAUCAACAUCUGAAAUUGGUAUGGACAUGUUGUUUUCGUAUAUUUGGAAGUGAUUCGCCUUGUCGAAGUGGAAUCUGUGGUCUACCAGAAGAAUUACAAGGAACACAAAUUAAAGCAGAAAAUGAAAUCGCAGAAGUUGAGAAACAUUUCAAAGCGAAAAUAGAUGCAACUAACAAGUUGAAGGUAUUGCACGAAGUAUGCGCAGACCUAUUCAUACCACAGCCUUCAUAUUCAACAAAUACUGUUUUUAAUCAGCGCUCUACUCCAUAUUCUCCCAGAAAUAGCUAA